AUGCAGCGCAAUACGGUAGACGGCAGAACUACAACGGCACAACGGCGGACAACGGAGACGACGACGACGACGACGACGACGCCGACGUGGAGUUGAGAGACCAGCAGCCCAGCCCGGCCAGUCACAGUCUCCGGUGCUAGAAAGUCGCAAGUGUCGAACGUCACGGGACGUGUAAUACGGACGCGCGCUUCGUUUUUUUUGUUUUUCGGGGGAGUUCUCUUCCGGUUCCGGCUGCAACGACAAUCCAAUUGGAAUCCUGAACAAACAGGGAUCCUGCCGGAGGUCACUAGUGUGUGUGAGUGUGUGAGGCGUUGACGUUCAGGAUCCUGGUGCAGUUCUAGGAGCGAUUGUGUGUCUGUGUGUGCGUACGGACGUCGGACUUCCGAGGUGGUGACACAAUAUUUGCGUGGUUCUUAUCAGCUGCGGUGAGGUGUGACCUGAUAAGCCGUUUGAAGUGACCGCCUUCAGCAAGAGUUUGUGUGUGUGUUUGUUGAAGGGCAUGCGCGUGGUUAAUGUAAACAAUUAGUCACACGUUUGCGUGUAAACAAAUAGCGAGAGACCCUAGGGUAGUGUUGUGUUGUAGCACCGCCAAGGUGGUGACCCAAGAAGACGUGACGGUGAGCGAUGAGAUCAUAAGCGUUGAUUAAUUUCGAUCAAUUUGAAAGCCAGACAAGCGGGCAGAACUUGAUAAAUACUUGAGUGUGGUGUGGUGAUAGAUGUUAUUGGAAACCGACGGUGGCCAAGCAGCGACGAUGGAGCAAUCGAAUGAGUCAGCGUCCUCUGGGUUGGCAACUGCGUCGUCCAGCGGACGUGGUGGUUCUCAACCGGGUGAUUUUACAGCUGCCGCGGCGGUUGUACUUUCGCUGCAGAGUUCCAUGCUAACCAGUUUGCAACAGGCGGCCCUUAUGCCAGCGAACUCUGCAGCUGCCGUUGCAUUUAACCUUCAGGCGCUUGAUUCGCUGAUCACGCUGCGUAGAAUCACCGGCAAGCAGGAUGUGCUCCGGCUGCCCUCGAUGCCACUGACGGGGCCUUCUUCAACCUCUGCCGUAUCGAACCAACCCUCUUCCGAAGAUAUCCUGAUGGAUACCCAGCCGGCGGCAAUGCACCAGCUGCUCCAGCAGAACAACGACGACGAACUGCCGGUGCUCGACCAGGACGAUGAUCUCAACUUCGACGACCACGAUAUGCAGGACGCAACCUCCGACGGCAAUUCGCUCGACAGUGGGUACCCCAGCCUAGUCCUGAACGCGGCCUUCCACCAGCAGAUGAGCGCCGACAAGAUGCGAACCCUAGCGGCGUCUUCGUCAACCUCGACAGCCACCAGCCUAACUAAAAAGUGCCCUCCAACGGCCACGGCCACCAGCGCCACCCAACAAUCAUCCGCCAUAGCCGUGGCAGCGGCCACCGCCGCCGGUCAACGGCCCAAAAAGCAGUUCAUAUGCCAGUUUUGCAAGCGACAAUUCACGAAAUCGUACAACCUGCUGAUCCACGAGCGGACCCACACCGACGAGCGGCCCUACUCGUGCGACAUUUGCGGCAAGGCGUUCCGCCGGCAGGACCAUCUGCGGGAUCAUAGAUACAUCCACUCCAAGGAGAAGCCCUUCAAGUGCCUGGAAUGCGGAAAGGGAUUCUGCCAGUCGCGGACGCUGGCCGUGCACAAGAUCCUGCACAUGGAGGAAUCGCCGCACAAGUGUCCCGUGUGCAGCCGCAGCUUCAACCAGCGCUCCAACCUGAAAACGCACCUGCUCACCCACACCGACAUCAAGCCGUAUCACUGUGGGGCAUGUGGUAAGGUGUUCCGGCGGAAUUGUGACCUGCGGAGGCACAGCCUGACGCACAACCUGGGCGCGACGACCGGCGCCGACGGGCAGCUGCUCGAUCUGGCCGCGGUCGGUUCCUCCUCCGUGGACGGUGGGGACGGAGGGGCCGACGGUGCGGCCAACACGAUCGAUCUGAUGGCCCUGGCCGGAGUGGACUAGGGAGAGCUGUAAGCAAAACCACGACAGUACUUUAUAUUUUAUUUGUUUAGCUUUUUAAUGAAACUGUUAGCCGUGACAAUUAGUGAGAAGUAGGUAUUUUGAUAUAGAAAGUUACUCUGGAGCGGGACGGCGAGCGAGGUUCGUCGCUUGCUCAUAGGAAUGCUCCCGUUGAAGUCUUUUGUUUUAGAAAGAGAGAAAUAACGAUGCGAUGGUUUCUUGUGAGUCUUCUUUGAAUAAGACAGUAUUUGUACUAAU